AUGGGAUCUUCAAGUUUGCGACCAGACCAACCUGAUUCAUUUCGCAUUAAGCGGAAACCAGUAUCAAAUCCAAACCUGCGGGGAACAGUAGCCGCUCAUUCCGCUUUGGUACUUCCACCACCACCGCCGUCUUAUACAGAGCUUUAUGGCCCUGCAUCACAAGGGACUUCUCGGAAAAUUAUUCCGCAGAGGCCGAGUACCGCUAAUCCUUCAAGCUCAACAUUAGCCUCGCCAAUCUCCACACCAACAUCGACUCUGCCGGUGCCGUCUCAUUCUCCGACACCAGUCCAAAAGGCAUAUGGCGAAGCCCGCCACUUUCUUGGAGGCUUGAUCAGCCAUCCCACUGAGGCUAACAAACAUGUCACCAUAUUGCGCCACUCUCAUGGCUUAGUCUUUUAUCGAGGCAAUUCUACGUCGGUCGCAGUGUCAAUAUUUGCCGACACCCCCCUGCCGCUAAACCGAACCCUGUGGCUUCAAUGCAAGGGCUGGACCGGCAAGACUGGAAUGCGUGCCAAGUCACUCUUCCAUCUCCGUAAUGACUGGAUUAAUGUUACACCGGCGAUAGCAUUACGAGCCGACCAAGUGAAUCCAGACGAUGAACGCGCAUGGCAACGCGAUAUCAAAAAGCUUCGAAAGAACAAAGGGGGCCGUUUCCGAGAAUCUCACCAACUACGUGAAACUGCCAUAGUCCGUGUCCCCGUGGAAGCUGGGGACGGCUAUUUUCAGCUUAUUCUUGGAAAUAGCCCCGUUUUCCGAGUCGCUUCGGUGUCGACAAGUCCCAGCUCCCUUCGAGGUGCCAGUCUCAGCACCUUGCCUCUAGAAGUUGGUGCCCUGGUUGUUAGUCUGUAUGCUCAGACGGCGGUUCAAACGGUCAUUGCACCCGUUACAGCAGCAAUCCAAGCCAAGCUGGACCCUUAUAGCCCAUCCUGGGUGACACAAACCGCUACCCUAUCAGUGUACUCCGCUAGUGGAGUUCAAGACAGACUCGACAGUACUGUCACUGAGCCUAGUUCUUUUAGCCAAGGUGUCUCCCCAUUUCCCAGUCAAAAAGGCCCUGAUAUUACGGAAGGUCCACAGUCGCCAUUUCCCAUGGCUCUUAAGGCACGUGGGCAACUUAGUCACACGACAAUAGCCCAUAGUCCAGGCGAUACUCCCAAUUUGACACUAACUAAAGUCCCAGACUGGGUGCUGGAACAGCUCCGCGGCUAUUUUUUCGGCUGGGCACGAUUUGAUGUUAGUGCUGGCAAAGAAAGCUCAAUGAGACCUUGGUGCCCGGCUGUUCUUUCUGUUCGCACAUUAGAUCCUUUAAGUGCCUCUAGGGUCGAUAUGUCGUCGCAUGUGUCGAAGCGGGUUGUCACACUUCGCUUGUUGGAAGAAGUGCCCUUUCAAACGACCGAGCUUGAAGUCCGCAUUAUGGGAUUUCUCAGGGCAGACGUCCCACCUCCAGCUGGGACUACACAUCAAGAGCUGGUAGCUGCACAGGCGGCUGCCUCGGAAGCUGCUUUGCUUGCGGAUUCUUACGAUGCAUCAUUGGUAGAGGAAACUCUUUCCCACCCGGCAUGGGCUCCAAACCAAGAUCUGAAGGAGCUCUCGCGACAAAAUACUAGUUGGAAGGACCAUACUCGGGAGGUGUGUUCCCGUGGUCAGAAAUUAGCGGAGCAGGUUCCCCUCCACCUACUUGGAGUGCGAUCGGCGACAGAUGAAAUGAGAGAGAAUCAAGUCACCAUGAAUGGGUUUUCUAUUGUUCGAUAG